AAGGUGUUGAGCAGUUUCUUGGAAAGCCCUUAUUUUUCCAGGCCCCCGGCUUGGGGCGCCUCCGUUCCCCAUGGCGGGACACCUGGCUUCCGACUUGGCCUUCUCGCCCCCGCCGGGCGGUGGAGGCGAUGGGCCGGGAGGGCCGGAGCCCGGCUGGGUUGACCCUCGGACCUGGCUGAGCUUCCCAGGCCCUCCCGGCGGGUCGGGAAUCGGGCCGGGAGUCGGGCCGGGCGCUGAGGUGUGGGGGAUUCCCUCGUGCCCCCCGCCCUAUGAGUUCUGCGGAGGGAUGGCGUACUGUGGACCUCAGGUUGGAGUGGGGCUGGUGCCCCAAGGCGGCCUGGAGACCUCCCAGCCGGAGGGCGAGCGGGGAGCCGGGGUGGAGAGCAACUCCGAGGGAGCCUCCCCGGAGCCCUGCGCUGCACCCCCUGGGGCUGUGAAGCCGGACAAGGAGAAGCAGGAGCAAAACCCCGAGGAGUCGCAAGACAUCAAAGCUCUGCAGAAGGACCUGGAACAGUUUGCCAAGCUCCUGAAGCAGAAGAGGAUCACCCUGGGAUAUACUCAGGCCGAUGUGGGGCUCACCCUGGGGGUUCUCUUUGGGAAGGUGUUCAGCCAGACCACCAUUUGCCGCUUUGAGGCUCUGCAGCUCAGUUUCAAGAACAUGUGCAAGCUGCGGCCCCUGCUGCAGAAAUGGGUGGAGGAAGCUGACAACAACGAAAACCUACAGGAGAUAUGCAAAGCAGAGACCCUCGUGCAGGCCCGAAAGAGAAAGCGAACAAGUAUCGAGAACCGCGUGAGAGGCAACCUGGAGAACAUGUUCCUGCAGUGCCCGAAGCCCACCCUGCAGCAGAUCAGCCACAUUGCCCAGCAGCUCGGCCUUGAGAAGGACGUGGUCCGAGUGUGGUUCUGCAAUCGUCGGCAGAAGGGCAAACGGUCAAGCAGUGACUAUUCGCAACGAGAGGAUUUUGAGGCUGCUGGGUCCCCUUUCUCAGGGGCACCAGUAUCCUUUCCUCUGGCACCAGGGCCCCAUUUUGGUACCCCAGGCUAUGGGGGCCCUCACUUCACUACGCUGUACUCCUCAGUCCCUUUCCCUGAGGGUGAAGGCUUUCCCUCUGUGUCUGUCACCACUCUGGGCUCUCCCAUGCAUUCAAACUGAGGUGCUGGACCUUCCCAGGAUUGGGGGCCCAAGGAAGGGGGAGAGUGCGGGGAAAGAGAACCUGGGGUUUGUACCAGGGCUUUGGGAUUAAGUUCUUCAUUCACUAAGAAAGGAUUUGGGAACACAAAGGGUGUGGGGGCAGGGAGUUUGGGGGGACUGGUUGGAGGGAAGAUAAAGUUCAAGGAUGCUCUUGUUUUUAAUCCCCACAUCACUUUCUUAAAUAAAGAAGCCUGGGACACAGUA